GUGUGUGCGCGUGCGCAUGCGUGCGCAUGCGUGCGCCUCCACCGCUUGUCCUGCCGCCCCUUCCUGCCUGCCUCCUCCUCUCCUCUCAUGCCCAUCGCUGGCUGCCUCUCCCCUCCCUGCUUGUCGCUGCCUCUCCCCCGUGCCUGUCGUUGCCUCUCCCCUCCCUGGGUGUCGUUGCCUCUCCCCACGUGCGUGUCGUUGCUUCUUCCUUCACUGCAUGUCGUUGCCUCUUCCCCGCGCCUGUUGUUGCCUCUCUCCUUGGGUGUGGUUGCCUCUUCCCCGUGCGUGUCGUUGCCUCUCUCCUCCCUGGGUGUCGUUGCCUCUCCCCAUGUGCGUGUCGUUGCCUCUUCCUUCCCUGGGUGUCAUUGCCUCACUCCUCCCUGUGUGUCGUUGCCUCUUCCCCGUGCCUGUUGUUGCCUCUCUCCUCCCUGGGUGUCGUUACCUCUCCCCACGUGCGAGUCGUUGCCUCUUCCUUCCCUGCGUGUCGUUGCCUCUCUCCUCCCUGCGUGUCGUUGCCUCUUCCCCGUGCCUGUUGUUGCUUCUCUCCUCCCUGGGUGGCGUUGCCUCUCCCCACGUGCGUGUCGUUGCCUCUCCCCACGUGCGUGUCGUUGCCUCAUCCUUCCCUGCGUGUCAUUGCCUCUCUCCUCCCUGGGUGUCGUUGCCUCUUCCCCGUGCCUGUCGUUGCCUGUCUCCUCCCUGGGUGUCAUUGCCUCUUCCCCGUGCCUGUUGUUGCCUCUCUCCUCCCUGGGAGUCGUUGCCUCUCCCCACGUGCGAGUCGUUGCCUCUCGCCUCCCUGCGUGUCGUUGCCUCUUCCCCGUGCCUGUUGUUGCUUCUCUCCUCCCUGGGUGUCGUUGCCUCUUCCCCGUGCCUGUCGUUGCCUCUCUCCUCCCUGGGUGUCGUUGCCUCUUCCCCGUGCCUGUCGUUGCCUGUCUCCUCCCUGGGUGUCAUUGCCUCUUCCCCGUGCCUGUUGUUGCCUCUCUCCUCCCUGGGUGUCGUUGCCUCUCCCCACGUGCGAGUCGUUGCCUCUCUCCUCCCUGCGUGUCGUUGCCUCUCCCCACGUGCGAGUCGUUGCUUCUCUCCUCCCUGGGUGUCGUUGCCUCUUCCCCGUGCCUGUCGUUGCCUCUCUCCUCCCUGGGUGUCGUUGCCUCUUCCCCGUGCCUGUUGCCUCUCUCCUCCCUGUGUGUUGUUGCCUCUCCCCACGUGCGUGUCGUUGCCUCUUCCUUCCCUGGGUGUCGUUGCCUCUUCCCCGUGCCUGUUGCCUCUCUCCUCCCUGUGUGUUGUUGCCUCUCCCCACGUGCGUGUCGUUGCCUCUUCCUUCCCUGGGUGUCGUUGUCUCUCCCCACGUGCGUGUCGUUGCCUCAUCCUUCCCUGCGUUGCUUCUCUCCUCCCUGGGUGUCGUUGCCUCUUCCGCGUGUCGUUGCCUCUCUCCUCCCUCGGUGUCGUUGCCUCUCCCCACGUGCGUGUCGUUGCCUCUUCCUUCCCUGGGUGUCAUUGCCUCUCUCCUCCCUGUGUGUCAUUGCCUCUUCCCCGUGCCUGUUGUUGCCUCUCUCCUCCCUGGGUGUCGUUGCCUCUCCCCACGUGCGAGUCGUUGCCUCUUCCUUCCCUGGGUGUCAUUGCCUCUCUCCUCCCUGGGUGUCCUUGCCUCUUCCCCGUGCCUGUUGCCUCUCUCCUCCCUGGGUGUCGUUGUUGCCUCUCUCCUCCCUGGGUGUCGUUGUUGCCUCUCCCCACCCUGCUUCUCAUUGCCUCUCCCCUCCCUGCGUCUCAUUGCCUCUCCCCUCAGCACAGAGGAAAGGGUCCCCAAAGUAUGCAAGAACAGACAAAGUCAAUACUACAAGAAUGGCUGGGCAGGAGGGAUGUUCAUCUUCACUGUGAUAACGCCUGUGAUCAACUUUCUUAAUGAUUUCAAGGAAUAGUGACACAUCUCUCUUCCCCCCACCACCCACCCUUCCUGGGUCUCCUACGUGCUUGAUUUGAUAAGCUGUUUUGAAGAAACUCAGAUGCUCAAAUAUUGGCUAAGGAUGCUUGGAGACAUAGAGACCCUGCUCCCGAAAAAGCAGAGGGACUAAGACCCCCGGGCCACUACUCUCCUGGUGCUUAUGGACAUGACCGUAAUAUAUUUUGUGACGUGCAAGUUGGAUAU